CUCAUUUUUAAAUCCCCACUCUAUAUAGUUGCCAUUUUAAAUUUAACCUAAUUUACUUUUUUAAUAUGCACUAACAAUUCAUACCCAAUGAAUUGCCGUGGCAACGAUCCGAAAAAAAUAUGUGGUUCGAUAAACCAUUCGGCCCACUGAUCUGGUUUAAAACACAUGGUUGCUAGUUCCUAUUCGGAUCGGUAACAAGAAUCGAAUAUUUUCGAUUUUUAAAACAGUGCUUGCUCUAGAGUCUCGACUAGGGCGUUUUAGAGUCCCGAGUGAACGAAGCGACGACGUAUCCACCACGGUGGAGGACGCCACAUCCCUCUAAACUCUAAACCCUAUUUUUCAUAUCACCGAUUCAUGGCCCACCCCUUCUUUCACCAUUUUCUCUCUCUAAAUGAAGGACACAAAGCAGACUUCUUUCACGCUCUUCUGCCCAGGCUUCACGGAAGGAUCAAAUUUCCAGGCAUGAAGCAAGGGGAAGAGAAAUAGAAGGCGCAGAUGAUGUGUUUGUUUCUUUUUUUCAGAGAAAUGGAGCUUCUGUUCCACAUGCUAAAUUUGAUUUGAGCUUUAAUCCUUAAAGCCCAACAGCUCAAUGCCUAACUAUUUAAGGUCGCUUUUGUGUGAUUUGCUGCGUAUUCUGAAGUUGAGGACUGUUUCUUAGUAACUGGUGAACAUUUUCAGUUGCCGCAAAUUUAAUGCUGCAUUUUCCAAAAAAUGAGAAUUUGGGUCGACCGUUUUGGUGUGAAAAUGAAAAGGAACGUGUGAGGAUCUAUUAGGAAUGCGAUUCAUUUUCUUUCGGUUCUUUUGUUGAAUGGCUCAUUGUUCUUCAAACUUGCUGUUGUGGAUUGGAUGUAUUCGGUCUUUUUGUUGUGAAGAUAAAUGAGUAUAUAGAAUUGGUCAAGGGCUUCAAGGAAAAAAGGAGUGUUCCAUCUGUUCAAGAGGUGAGCACUGACAAGAUCACCUGUAAUUUAACUUAUCUAUAAGGCAGGCUCCUCCUUCUGGUGGUGGUUUGGUUUUGUAAAGGAAUGAGGUCUUCACCAUGUUGGAAGCUUGUAAAUAGCCUUAUCUUUAUCAAAGGCCCCACCAACAACCUCCGAUUACUCUGUAUGGGUGACAAGGGGAUUUCUCUUAUAAGCCCCACUUCCAACAUUGAAUUUUUUCUGCGGAGAGAGAUUGGCUUUGGUUUUUAUGGUAAUGGGGGAAAUGGGGAUUUGCGAUGCUUUUGUAUGGGGAAAGAACAACAACAACCAUUGUCAAAGAUCGUGUCCUCGAAUUGUUUUGGGGGCAUUAGUUCCACUGGUCUAGAUAAACAAAGAAUUGGGGAAGAGUUGAGUAACCAGAUUGCAAAAGUGGUCGAUGAGUUGGUUGGAGGAGGUGCCACUGAUAAUGAUGCAGAGAAACUAUCUGCAAUUUUGGAAGGUCAAUCCGCUAUUUUAAACAGCCCUGAUGGAACUGCAUUCAUUGUGCUCUUAGAUCGUCUCAAGACAUGGCCUCAUUUGGCCUUAGAGGUUUUUAAUUGGAAAAGGAAGCAGGCAAACUCUGGAGUUCAAAUGCUUUAUGAAGAGUACUCAAAGGGCAUCAUGUAUGCAGGAAGAGUUAAAAAUAUUGAUCUCGCUGUUGAGCUCUUCUCUGAAGCCAACACAAGAGGAAUCAAGAGAUCAACAUCUCUCUAUAAUGCGUUGAUGACUGCAUACAUGUACAAUGGGCUUAUAAAGAAAUCAUUGGCCGUAUUUGAAGACUUGAAGAGGGAGGCACAUUGCAGACCCACCCUUGUGACCUAUAACAUCCUCUUAUCAAUAUUUGGGCGCUCUAUGCUCAUUGACCACAUGGAGAUGGUGUAUAAAGCAAUUUUCGAUUCCAAUCUCUCUCCAAAUAUUAAUUCUUACAAUACACUUAUCGCUGGUUAUGUAACUGCUUGGAUGUGGGAUGAUAUGGAGAGAACCUUCAAGAAUAUGGAGGAAGGUCCUGUAAGACCCGAUUAUUGUACCCACUUAUUGAUGCUUAGAGGUUAUGCCCAUGCAAGAAUGGUAGAGAAGAUGGAGAAAACCUAUGAGUUGGUGAGGGAUCUAGUUGACAAGAAAGAGGUUGCUUUGAUUAGGGCUAUGAUCUGUGCAUAUUGCAAAAGUUCAGAUGCAGAUAGGGUGAAAAAAAUUGAGAGAUUGAUCCAGCUUUUGCCUGAAGAGGAGUAUAGGCCUUGGAUAGAUGUAUUGCUUAUCAGAGUUUAUGCCCAAGAAGACAUGGUUGAAGGGAUGGAGGAUUCUAUAUAUCGGGCCUUUGAGCGAAACACUAUAGUUGCAACCGUUAGUGUGAUGCGCUCGAUCAUAUCUAGUUACUUCCGUUGCAAUGCUGUAGACAAGCUUGAAGUUUUCAUAAAACAAGCUGAGUUUGCGGGAUGGAGGCUAUGCCGAUCACUGUAUCAUUCUAAAAUGGUGAUGUAUGGAUCACUGAAUCGUUUUCCAGAAAUGGAAAGUGUUAUUGGUGAAAUGGAGGCCUUCAACUUCCAUCCCACCAAGAAAACAUUCCUGAUACUAUACAAGUCUUACGUAAAAUCUGGUCAGAGAAAUGAUGUGCUUCGUAUACUAGGAGCAAUGUGCAAGGCAGGAUUCAGUCUUCCUCUAGAUGCUCUAUCCUUAUAGAGUCUCUUCAAAUGUUUACUAACAUGGAAACACAUUAAUGCGCUGUUACAUGUUAUUUAUAUUUUUCAAUGCUGAGUGAUGGAUGGUUCUAGCUCGUGAAUGUCUCUUGUUCAAUGCUUGAAGGGCAUCGAAAUUAUUGUCAAUGCCCUUUGAGGACAUUCCUCUUCAUUAAUGGCAUCAGAAGAGUGAAGGCUACUUACAUAAAAUGAAUUACUGGUAUUAUGCAAAGCUAUUCGGCAUUAAUUCUCAGGCAUUGCUUGGCAUUUCUCAGGCAUUGCUCUAGGAAAAGUGAGCAUCUGGUUUUUCAUUGUUAGUAUGGGAAGGCAGGGCACUGGUUGAAAUAGGACCGAGAGGUGGCUUAAUCAGCACUUUAUCAAACCAUGCAAUUCACCAGCUCAAGCAGAUUGGCUAUGUCUGGAUUCGAGAUUUGGACUGCUAACUGAAUACGCAGGACUGCUCAGAUUUUUUUCGACCAUUUGAAUAUACUUCUCUCCAAUUGUAAGGUGUAGAUUAUUGAAUUCUUCCCCGCCCG